UCCGCGUUGUUUUGUUUGCUUUACGGUAGGCUGGGGUGUAUCGUGUGUGUGUGUGUGCGCGCAACGUCCUAAACAGGUGUUUCGAGCCAUCCAAUCUGCGCCUUACCGAAUAACUUCGGAACCUUGUUGCAAAGUGCUUAUGGCAUGAAACAGUUCCUAUGACGGGGACGUACGGAUACAAACCUGCUCGUCGGAUAUACAGGCCGCGUUCCAGAGAAUCAAGGUUUCGCUGUUACGUGGUCGUGCGCCCGUGGACUUGAGCGCGGAUGCCAUAUAGGUUGCCCCCUUGGCGUUGCCGAGGCUGUACUGAUAAGAAGAAAUAAACUGUCAAAGUCUAGUGAUCAUAGAUAACGCGUGAUGCCUUGUGUCGACGCCGUCCAGGUAGAGCCGUAUCUGUGAGUUAGGAGCAGCGUUGGGUCGGAAUGGGUUGUCGACGAUCAUGCCUGCGCUGUCUUGCCCGGGUGCCCUUCGCCACCCUGGUGGCCACUGUCAUGUGCUGUGCGGGGGUGGCCAUCUUUCUUGGUGCUGUGUUGCGUGCAGUUGAUUCCACACUGCGCAUGUUGGAGGUCGUCUUUGAGCGCCGCUCUCCCUAUGGACCGUCUGAGCUGCGAGCAGCUGCUCUAGUGGCAGCGGCGCUGAUGGGCCUGCUGGAGCUGUGCCUGCUGUUGGUGGGCUGUCUGACGACAGGGCCCACGCGCGAGCGCCUGGGCAACCGGGCCCGUGUGGGAGGCCGUCUGUCCUGUGCACUGUUGCUGGCUCUGUCGUACCUGGCGCUGCUGGCAUGGAUUGUGCUGGCACUGUUCAUGGCCAUUUCAGCUCUCUUGUGCACUCUUGCCGGGGCCCUGUGCAAUCAGCUCAGGCAGGAACAGCAGUGCCUGGACCUGAGGCAGUUUGAGUUUCUGGUGAGCCAGGAAACCACACCACUGCGGCACACAGGCGAGCCACUGUUGCUGCUGUGUGGUGCGCAACGCAAGGAGUUCUGCAAAGAUUGGGUAGAGCCCUCGGGCUUGCUCCUGUGGCUCGGAGCUGCAGCUGCACUUCUGGUGCUACUGGGCCUGGUGCAGCACCUCAUGUGCCUGGCGGCCAACUACGCGCACCUGCGUGACCAGCAGAAGCUGCUUGACCUGCAGCUGCUUCAGGACUUGCAGGACACCGAGAUGACCACACUCGGAUCUAAGGACCGCUUCUGAGCGACUGCUUGCUGUGAUCCGCGUGCAUUGCUGCCUUCUUUACCUGUCAUAGUAGCUCAGUGGCUGUUACAUUCCAUCACUCGACAUGGGGUUGCGGGUAUAAUUUCCGGCGUUGGUGGCCACUCUCCAGUGGAAGGGGAAUGCGACAAAGUACGAAGGUUUCAGUGCACUUCAAAGGAGUAUUGACAUAUAUUUUCGAAGCUGUAGAAGCUCUACCACAUGCUUCCUGCACAUGAAAGGACAACAGUUGUCAAGUGUUAUGGUUAGAAACACAUAUUUUAAUUUGAUACUAAAGUUCAUCUCAAAAUACCACCCUGGUGUCAUUGACAUUAUCAUGACAUCAUGACACCGAGCAAAAUUUGUAGAUAUCAGGUAGAAGUAAGGAUAGGUAUGAUGACAUUGCUCAUAAAAACGUUAAUGAGAGUGCUGCAUAUGUGUGUUCAGGCAGUGCUUGCACAGCAGUUGCAGAAGCAGUUACAGUUGCAAAAACGAAGCUAGUUAAUGUAUCUCAACACCAAGACUGCAUCCGCAUCCCGGGUACGGAAACUGAGACUAGUUCAUAGAAUACAAGUAUUCUAGUAAGUCAUUUAAGGCACUUUGACACUUGCGAGUAUCUUUUCCCAGGGUUUAGAAGGUUUUGACCUUCAUUUAAAAAAAAAAAAAAUGGCAAGCUUGAAAAUGUCUUGUGAGUACUCCUUUUACAAAAGGAACCAAGUGGCUGAAUUAACCAUGGAGCUGUCAGAUGCAGUGUCCAUCAUAGCUGCUAGUGUACAUUUGGGUCAUGAAAAAAGGGAACAAUCAUUCAUUCAAUCAUAUCAGUCAAUCAUACUGCUUUUUACCUGUGAUCUACUCCCCUCCAUCCUCUGCCUCUUCCCGGUGUUGCAUUGCUUGCCUCUCGAUCACAAAGCAAAAACGCAUCUGAGAGAAAGAACUGUUGGUUCCACUGUAAGUGUCCUACUAGCUAACGUCAUACACAGAAAAGCAUGGAGGAAAAUGUUGAUGUGAUGGAAGACUUAUCGUACCAGGCUUUUCAAUGUGCCACUAUCGUCACCAUACAACCUUCCAGUAGUUGUAAUCAGUACUAGUGACCUCAAUGGCAACUGGGUUGUGUACAGGCACUAGGCUUACCGAGUGACAAGUUUUCCGGUGUUAUCUUUAAGCAAGUGCACAGACUUGACAACAAGGAGGAAUUGACCUCUCGAAUUGUUUGAAAAAUCCAUGCAUUAAAUAUGGUGCUAAAAACAACUUACACAAUCCACCAUGCGGUGUGUAUCAGCACACAGCUUCCUAGCAUAUUGGCACGUUUCCAAAAAUUAUCAGUACAGUGAAACCUCGUUAAACCGUUGUUGGUCGAAGCUCAAAAAAAGUACAUACUAAAUGGUAGUACUGCUUUACCGAAAUAGUAUGAGAUCGCCCACUUACCUGUCAGAAAUGGAACUCGGAGAGAUUGCGAUGAAAGGAGAAAAAACAUGCAGUAUUUAUUCACUUUGCCCGACAAAAGUGUUAUUUCUGUUAGAUGCCGCUGCGGCUAGCAGCGACGACAGCAGCCUUAAACUUGCUGAAGCUGCGAACCAGCUUUACAGCCAGCCCUCUCUUCUCGGCAAACACUCGCAUGGCAGAUUCCUUGUUGGUGUUGCAUAUUCUCCGUGCACGGGCGUCGUAGCGCUGCAGAAGUUGCGGGGCGCCUUUUUCAUUGCGGGGUGCUGUUCUCGGUGCGACUGUUGCAUUCAUGAGGCUGACGUAACUCGCAGCUUCUGCCACUGUCAGGCCUAAAUCGCCUCUGCUGUCGCUUUACAUGUCAUCCUCAUCACUGUCGCUAGGCGACACUUCAGCAACAACAGAGGCAACGAUGGCCAAAAGUCGAACCUCGUAGCCGACAUCUCUUCGUGGUCGCAGCAGCGCUGCCGAGCAACUUCUUCGCAUUCCAAAUGCCACACACCAUAGUCAACAGUAGAGCCCUGUCGCGUGCCAGCGCUGACUUCAUGUCACAUUCGAUAGCACGCACGAUGUCCAAUCUUUUUUCUAUGCAGAAUACCCGGCGUCUUUUUUAUCCAAGCUUCGGCAUGACGCGAGUCCUUGCUUGCAUGGCGCAACACCGUUCUCUGGCACGGCGCCGAAGUGAUGUUGAUGUUGAUGUGGCUUCACAUGCAAACGUGCAAGGCGAUUGGAGGCUGUUCCGAUCUCUGAGGCUUGUUGUCCUGCCGCGCCGCCCAAUAGAGACGACGCACCGCCGUGCUUGCGCAAUUAAAAGUGGAAACACUAUGUGUUAAUCGAUAUGUAUGCAAUAAGCUGGUACGGUUUAUGCGGAUACAAAAAGCAUUAUGUUCAAUGGCUGCUGAGUCGGGGAUUUUACUUUACUACUUUUAAAAUGAAACUACU